AUUGAAGUUGAAGGAACUUUCUCUGCAACCUCUCCGAUUUCUUCUACGCGUUUCAUUUCUCACUGUAUAAAUUCUUCUCAUCAAUCACUGUCCGUUUCAGUGAUUUCCUCUCUAGUUUCAUCCGGUUUCUCGCAUAGGAAUUGGCAGAGUUCCGAUUUUUCUGAUUUUUUGUUGAUUUUCUCAGGCCGAUCUCUUCCUGGGUUUUGUUUUUCGUCGAUUUUCUUAUCUGGGUAUUCGCCAAGGUUUGAUUUUUUUCUCACCUCCAUCGGAUUUUCUCGGCACCCAAACAAGGGUUUGGUCAUACACAACUCAGAGAAAACUAAACCAUGGCUCGCUGUAGCAACAACCUUGUCGGAAUCCUAAACUUCGUCAUCUUCCUCCUCUCGAUUCCGAUCCUCGCCGGAGGAAUCUGGCUCAGCCAAAAGGGUUCGACCGAGUGCGAACGGUUCCUGGACAAGCCCGUGAUUGCACUCGGAGUCUUCCUCAUGAUCGUAUCCAUCGCGGGACUCGUCGGCGCGUGUUGCAGAGUGACGUGGCUUCUCUGGGUUUACCUCUUCGUGAUGUUCGUCUUGAUCUUGCUCGUCUUCUGCUUCACCGUCUUCGCCUUCGUCGUCACGAACAAAGGAGCUGGAGAGACUUUAGCGAACAGAGGGUACAAAGAAUACAGGCUCGGAGAUUACUCUAACUGGUUGCAGAAGCGAGUGAACAGCGGCAAGAACUGGAACAAGAUCAGGAGCUGCCUUGUCGAUAGCAAGGUCUGUUCCAAGUUCGAAUCCAAGUUUGUUGGUGAGGCCGUGGACGAUUUCUACAAGGAGCACCUCUCCGCUCUUCAGUCCGGUUGCUGCAAGCCAUCCAACGACUGUGGAUUCACAUACGUGAGCCCUACGAACUGGACAAGAACCGGAGGAACGCAUUCAAACCCGGACUGCGCAUUGUGGGACAACAGAUCGGACAAGCUCUGUUUCGACUGCCAAUCAUGCAAGGCCGGUCUGCUCGACAACAUCAAGAGCGCCUGGAAGAAAGUGGCGGUCGUAAACAUCGUCUUCCUCGUGUUCCUCGUCAUCGUCUACUCUGUCGGAUGCUGCGCCUUCAGGAACAACAGGAGGGACGAUACUUACAGUCGUAGCUAUGGUUACAAGCCUUGAAGACAGAUAGAGAGAGAGUCUCUCUUCUCUGGUGGUUUGAGCUCUUUCAUUAGGACACAGAGAGAGAGAGUGAGUGAGCGAAUGACCAUAUCUUGUUUCCUAUGUUUUGAUGUUUUUCUUUUUGUGUUUGUACAGGUGUUUUUACUAUGCAUUUGUGGUGUUUCUUUUCCUUAGACUUUGAAUAAUUAUGAUACCGAUAUGGUAAGGUUCAUAUAAAUAUAAUCUCCCUUGGAAGAUGUC